GGGCGGGGCUGAGCGGGUGGAGCCGGCGGACUUGGUCCCGGAGCUUCCGGUCCCGCCUCUCCGCCGGCCGCGGCCCCGGAGGACCAGCUUCGGAGCUGCGGGGCGGGGGCCGGCGUGUCCUCCUCGCCGCGCGCGGGUGGAGGCCGGGCCCGCAGGCGCCCUCCAUGGCGGGGCCGCGGGCGGAGGUGGACGGCGGGCUCCUGGAGGGGGGCGGCCAGAUCCUGAGGGUGUCCACGGCCCUGAGCUGCCUCCUGGGGCUCCCGCUGCGGGUGCAGAAGAUCCGGGCCGGCCGCAGCACGCCCGGCCUGCGGCCUCAGCACUUAUCCGGACUGGAGAUGAUUCGGGACCUGUGCGCCGGGCAGCUGGAGGGGGCCGACAUCGGCUCCACGGAGAUCACGUUCACUCCCGGGAAGAUCCAAGGGGGGAGCCACACGGCGGACACCAAGACGGCCGGGAGCGUGUGCCUCUUGCUGCAGGUGUCUCUGCCCUGCGUCCUGUUCGCCGCCGCGCCCUCCGACCUGCGCCUGCGGGGCGGCACCAACGCCGAGAUGGCCCCGCAGAUCGACUACACGGCCAUGGUUUUCAAGCCAAUUGCUGAGAAGUUUGGUUUCACGUUCAGCUGUGACAUUAAGAUGAGGGGCUACUACCCAAAAGGGGGCGGCGAGGUGGUUGUCCGGGUGCCUCCCGUCAAACAGCUGACCCCCGUCACCCUCACCGAGCGCGGCGCCGUGACCAAGAUCUCCGGGAGGGCCUUCGUGGCCGGCGCUCUGCCGUUCAAGGUGGCGAAGGAGAUGGCGGCGGCGGCCGUGCGCUGCCUGCGGAAGGAGUUCCGGGACCUGUACCUGAACGUCCAGCCGGUCCAGGAGCCCCGGGACCGCGCCUUCGGCAACGGCAGCGGCAUCAUCAUUGUUGCUGAGACGUCCACGGGCUGCCUGCUGGCGGGGUCGGCGCUGGGCAAACGAGGUGUCAGCGCGGACAAGGUUGGCAUCGACGCGGCCGAGAUGCUGCUGGCGAACCUGCGGCAGGGCGGGGCGGUGGACGAGUACCUGCAGGACCAGCUGAUCAUUUUCAUGGCCCUGGCCAACGGCGUCUCCAGGAUAAAAACGGGACCCGUGACCCUCCACACGCAGACGGCCAUCCAUUUUGCCGAACAGCUAGCAAAGGCCAAGUUCACGGUGAAGAAGUCCGAGGAGGAAGGAGACGCCUCCAGAGACGCCUACAUCAUCGAGUGCCAGGGGAUCGCCAUGACGAACCCCCACCUGUAGGGGCUCCGCCUGGGGAAGCACCUGUGUCACACCCUGUGUCACCCACCCCGAGGGACGCCGCCCGGGGCCCUGAGAAAGGACCCCCGUACGCUCCAGGCCGGGUGCGGAGUGUCUGGACCUGCGGGGACCGCGCCGUCAGUCCGUCUGACCGUGUGUCCGGGGCAUGUGGGCCGGAGCUGUCCACAGGCAGGUGUCUGACCGCUGGGACCGGGGGAGUGUGGUAUAAAGUGUUCUGUUCUCCGA